CGGACAGAGGGCGCAUCAUUCGCGUCAAAUAUGCUUUAUGUCAAUCGGGUUAGCGGCGAGUUUUAGGUUAAUCGAAUGUCGACGAGACCGGGUGAGAGCGCAGUCCAAAGUGUCAUUAAACAGUCAUCCGACAAUUUUUCUGCCGACGACACCGCGCUCCCCGACGAGGAAACGUGUAGUCGAACGGUUAAAUGACAGACGAUUAUGGCAACGCCCACUUGUGAUAAGAAAGCGAGGGUGAUCGUUCUAGGAGGAUGCGGUUUUAUCGGACGUCAUCUCGUGGAAUAUCUGCUGGAUAAUGAUCUGGUUUCGUACGUGCGAGUCGUGGACAAGGUACCACCGCAGACAGCGUGGCUCAACGCAAAGCACCAGCGAGUGUUCGAGAACCCCUUGCUCGAAUUCAAAAGCGCUAACUUGAUUAACAUAGCAUCCUGCCAAAAUGCAUUUUCAUCUGAUGAGCCUAUCGAUUAUGUGUUCAAUUGUGCUGGCGAGACAAAGAGUGGCCUUACAGAUGCAGUGUAUAAAGAGGGAAUUUAUAAAUUGAGCAUGAAUUGCGCUCAACUAGCAGCCAAGAUUAAAGUCUCGCAUUAUGUGGAGAUAUCUUCCGGCAAUCUUAAUGUCUCUGAAAAGGCUCCUCAUAAGGAAGAGGAUGCUGGAGAACCAUGGACGUUUGUCGCGAAAUACAAGUUACAAGUAGAACAUGAAUUGAAGAAUAUACCAGAUUUGAAAUAUACUAUACUCAGACCAGCCAUUGUAUAUGGUUGUGGUGACAAAAAUGGCUUAGCACCGAGAUUAGUAGUGGGUGCAGUUUAUAAGCAUUUAGGAGAAAUGAUGAAAUUACUCUGGGGACCAGAACUUCAUAUGAAUACAGUUCAUGUAAGAGACGUCGCGAGAGCUAUCUGGCAUGUGGCCAAUAGACCAGAAACAAUAGGCCAGACAUAUAACCUCGUUGACGAGGGAGAUUCCACUCAAGGUUCCAUAAGUGCCAUAGUCUCAGAACUAUUCAAUAUCAACCACGAUUAUUGGGGCACAACACUAUCAACACUGGCUAAAACUGAUAUGAACUCUGUUGUUGAGGAAGUAAAUGACAAGCACAUGGGUCCCUGGGCAGAAGCAUGUCGCAAGGAUGGAGUGGAAAACAGCCCUCUGUCGCCCUACAUAGAUCAAGAGCUUUUAUAUAAUAAACAUUUAUAUUUAAAACCUGGAAAGCUUUCAAACACCGCAGGAUUUACAUACCUAUAUCCUAAAUUAACAAAAGAAGCCCUUAGAGAGGUACUCGAUGACUAUAUAAGCAUGAAAAUCUUCCCACAUUCUUUGGUCCUGUAAACUUUAGCAAUAUUGACUGCCGAAUUCAAAUAUAUCGACAAGCUUAUGAUAAUUUUUUAAAUAUUAGAUACAUACAGACGCGCCAAGCGCCGUUUCACUGUGUGCCUAGAAAAGGGUUCUAUACAUGUUAUAUACAUUCUAUAUUACACGUGACGCUUGAUCUGCGUCAAGAGAUAAUACUAUCUGGAAUUCGAAGAUUUCGUAGACUGGCCUAUCGCCAUUGUGAUAAAAUAGUAAUUAAUGUACUUAAUUAUACCAAGUUAAUUUUCAAAGUACAUAAUUUUUUCGCACCUUUUUUGAAAGGUCGCGCUAGUCAAAUUCUCAAGAAUGAUUCGGAACAAUGUUAAGAUCUUGUGCACGAAAAUAUAUACAUACAUAUGUAUAAAUAUAUAUAUACAUAUAUACAUAUAUAUAUAUAUAUAUAUAUAUAUAUAUAUAUAUAUAUAUAUAUGUAUGUAUGUAUAAUAAUGCUUAAACUUAAGAUAAUAUUCAUAGUUUAUAAAUCGAUUUGGAUGAAUAUAUUUUAGUAAAUCAUCACAAAAAAGAAAAAAAAGACGCUUUUUAUAUGCUAUUUUUUCCAGACUGUGGAUUGUACUAAUAAAGUUGUUGAGAAUCCAUAUACUUUUUAUUGUUGAAUAUAUGGGAUGUAUAGAAAAGGAAUUCUCUCUUUUAUAUUUGCUACAUUCCAUGAUGUAUCUUCCAUAAGCUGUGAAUUAAGUUGAGAAAUCUUUCUAUUCCAGUCAAAUAUUACUAUCGCAUAGUUUUAUCGAUAACUCGAGUAUGUACGACCUAAAGGAUCGCGUAAGUACAAACAUUGUUAGAGACGUGUUUAAAAUAUACACAGAAGAUGAUAUUCCUUAUUCAUGUAUGAAUGAUUGUUUAUAUUGGUAGAUUUAUAUACGAAUGCUGUAUUUGCAUACAUUUAAUAUAAAAAACAGAAAGAAAAUUAUUAUUCGUCUAUUGGCAUUGAAUGUCUCGAUGAUAUUAGUAUUACAUAUUUGAUUCUAUUGUUACACGCCAAUGUCGCAGUGUAGAUUCUUUGAUAAUAAAGUUGCUCCAUUUAUGAAA